AUGUUGUCAACUACAAAACCAUGGCUAACUGAUUCGAAAUUCCUACAAAAGAAUGAGCUUCGCCAAGAAAUUGGUGCACGCUUAGCGAAGAUACCACCAGAGGAAGUGAAACGACAAAGUGACAUCGUUGUCGAAAAGGUGCUUUCAUCAGAAUGGUUUAACAAUGCGAAGCGAAUCUCUGUGUAUCUACACAUAGCUGGAGAAAUUGAAACGGAUCGUAUAGUCGAAAAAUCACUGGAACAGGAUAAACAACUCUUUAUACCUCAAUUGAUUCGUAAGGAUCCACGAAUGCGUAUGCUUCGAGUUCCAACACUGCGUGAUUUCAAAGAAUUGAAGCCUACCUUAUGGGGUAUACGACAGCCAACUGUUGAGCAACACUGGGAAAGCUACGAGGAAUCAGGACCACUGGAUCUCAUAAUUGUUCCUGGAGUGGCGUUCACUUUAACGGGAGAAAGGCUAGGCCAUGGAAUGGGCUAUUAUGACCGUGCACUAGCUGAACAUCAACAACGGUUCGGUACGAUGCCAAUUCGAUACGGUCUGGCGCUUCGGGAACAAGUCGUCGACGUGGUCCCAUUGGUCGAAACGGACGUUCGUUUGGACGGCGUGAUUCGAGCUGAAUAG